UUUCCAGAUCACCUGAACAAAGUAUAGUCAAAUUGAAAGGGCCAGCCUUCAGAUUUAUACAGAGUCAUUGUUCUGAAACCUUGGCCUGUAUGAAAUCACAUUAGCACUAAAAUGGUUAUCGAGUCAGAAUUAAUCUCAUCCUUGCCACCUCCAACUGAGAAUGUCAAGAUUCAUCAGCCCCAGACAUUGGCCUUUGUGAAUCACGAGGAUUUGGGGAAAGGUACCCUGUAUAUUGGAGAAAGCCAUUUGUCAUGGGUGCAUGAAUCAGGCCAGCCGGUGCUUUCCUUCAACUACAUGGACAUCUGCAUCCAUGCCAUCUCAAGAGACUCAUCCUCCUUUCCACAUCCAUGCCUCUACAUGAUGCUGGAUAAUUCUUCACGCACAGAGAAUCUGGGACCUGAAAAUGCACAUAACAUUGACCGGGGUGCACUGGAUGGAGUUGUUAUACGAGGACCUGGAGGUAAUGAUGAAGAAAUGGAUGUUGGAGAUGCAGUGAAUGGAGAAGACGACGAUGACAAUGAUGGACCGGACCAAGGAGAUGGUGGGACUCCGGGUACGAUGGAGGUCCGUCUCGUACCUGAGGACCCUGCGAUCCUCGAGUCCAUGUUCCAAGCCAUGUCUGAGUGCCAGACCCUUCACCAGGAUCCCAACCAACCUGUCUAUGAUGGUUAUCCCGGUGGAGCUGAUCCUGUGGACACAAACAAGUGACUUGAGUCAUUAAACUCCUUGCAAGUGAGAUCUCAACCAUCUCAGCUGUUCCUCUUCAGCACUUCAAUAAACUUUCCACUGAGCUGAUUUGCAUCAGAUCAGUGGGUUUUUUUUACAUAUUAUGUUUCAUUUUCUAUCAAAUUGCAGAUUGAACUGGUUUUUUGUAAGGUGACUUUCACCAGAAUUCCCAUAAACCUACUUCAGAAUAUGGGGGCCAGUUCUUUAUUUCUUUUGAAUGUUUUGUGGCCCCAUCUAGAAUCUCAACAGGGUAGGGAAAAGUUUCUCACCCCUGCAGUUUUGAAUCAAAUUCAUGUGUACCAUUGAGACAAUAAACUUUCUGUGGGGCUCAUCUGGUAAAGUAUCAAGUGUCUCUUCCAUUGUCACCCAACAACCGAUGAUAUACUUGGGAAACACAAGUGAGAUAAAUAUUCACAGAUCAAUUUCUGAUCAGGAUUGGCAGGAAACCUUGGCU